AUGAAAUGUUUAACAGAAAAUUCGUUUGAAAGUUUCUGUGAAGAAGGUAAAUAUCAAUUAUUAUUACUUGGAAAUGAUCAAAAUCGACAAUUUAUAACACCAAUAAUAAGAAAUACUCAGCGAAUUGAACAUUGUCUUCCAUUUUAUUAUUAUUCAACUAAACCUCAAACUAUUCUUCUCUUUAUUGAUUAUUUAAAUGAAAAAAAUCAACGAAGAUUUCUUCGUGUAUUUGAUGAAAUUCAUUUUAAUGGAUGGAUUUUGGCAAAAGAACAAUUUCAAACAGAUUCAUCAUCAUUUCAAAUUAUUUUUCGAAUUUAUCGUGUGAAUAUGACAAAUCUUCAACAAGAAUUUUAUGUUGCAUUUGAUCAAAUUACAAUAAAACAAGGAAUUUGUGAAAAUCAACAAUUUCGAAUUCCAUUAUUUUUUUCCAAUGAUCAAUCAACAUUUGACACUUCUACGGAACAUUUUCCAACAUCUUCUUCUUCUUCUCCAGAUGAAUCUUAUUCAUCAACAUCUUCAUUCGAAAUAACGAUCGAUCCAAAUCCAACAUUAACAUCAAAAUUACCUUCGUCUUCAAAUCAAACAACAACAACAGACAAAUCCCCAUAUGAAUAUAGUUUAAAAACAAUUCUUGGUUUAUCAAUUGGAUUGGGAAUUCCAGCAACAAUUGGAAUCGUUCUUUCGAUUAUUUAUCUUAUUCAAUGGAUUAAACAAAGAAAAACACGAGUUAUUCCAAUUAAACAAACAAAUAUUCGUUUGAAAAAACCUUCUCGUCAUCAUCAUCAUCAUCAUCGAGAGAAAAAGAAAAAAACUCAUAGAAAAAGAAAUGAUUUCUUUGAUUGA